CAGAAUUGAAUAGGGUCCUCAGUUUUUUCCAACGAACCGCAACAAACUUCUCUUCAACCCUUUCCCUCUCUUCCGCUUCCCGCAAAAACCCUAACCAUGGCGGACUCAACGAUCGCCGAUCCUCCGGCGGCCGCUCCGCUACCUAAUUCUCAGCCUGCUGACCUCGAUUCCUUCGAUAUCCCCUUCGAUCCUCUCUUCUUCUCUGCGGAAAACAACCCUAACAUAGCCGACACCUUCAAUUCCGAUUUCGAUUUGGACUUCGGUCUCGAAGACAAUGGCGUCUUCGAGCUCACCUUCGACGACCUCGACGAUCUCUGCCUCCCUGGCGAGAACGAGGACUUCAUCGUCCCCGAUUCCGCAGGACCGCUGGCUCAGAUGAAUUCCGAGAGCGGAUCGUCCGGAAUUUCCGCCGAUCACGCCCCAGAUGUCGCGGCUUACCUGAAUCACUCGCCGUCGGAGUCCGGAAGUUACCGAUCCGCUGACCAGAAGCCCGAUGUCGCCAGGUCUUUGAGCGUUCCGUCCAUGCAAAGCGGUGACUCCGGUAGUCCAGAGUUUUCUGGUGGGCCUGUGUCCUCUCAGGGGUCGGGGAAUGGAGGCGGGGGCUUCGGUGUGUCUGAUGACAUGAAUUCUCCCUCACCGGAAUGUGGUAACUCAGGCGAGCGAGACGUUUCUUCUAGAUUGUUCAUCGAUCAGAAGGUGAAGGUCGAGCAAACGGGGAAGAAUUCUGUUCCGAAGAGGAAACAGGAGCACGAAGAUGCAGUGACAAAGACUGAAUUGCGGAACAGCAAGUGCAGGAAAUCAUCCUCGUCUUCGGACAAAUCGAAUUCUGCCUGCAACGUUGAUGCUCUCACCGAAGAGGACGAGAAGAAGAAGGCGAGGCUCAUGCGGAAUCGAGAGAGCGCGCAGCUGUCCCGUCAGAGGAAAAAGCACUAUGUAGAGGAGCUCGAGGAGAAGGUGAAGAGCAUGCACUCCACAAUUGCAGACUUGAAUAGUAAAAUCUCCUUCAUAAUGGCUGAGAAUGUUAGCCUGAGGCAGCAGCUGGGCAGUGGUGGUGGUAUGUGUCCACCGCCACCGGGGAUGUACCCACCUCCCCCGAUGGCCCACAUGGCUUACCCGUGGGUGCCCUGUGCCCCUUAUGUCAUGAAACCACAAGGGUCGCAAGUGCCCCUUGUCCCCAUUCCUAGGUUGAAACCCCAACAGGCAACCUCGGCUCCAAAAACGAAGAAGGCCGAGGCCAGGAAGAGCGAGGUAAAGACUAAGAAGCUCGCCAGUGCUACUUUCCUUGGGCUGUUGUUCUGUUUCGUCCUGUUUGGAUAUUUGGGGCCUAUGAUGGAUGUGAUGUCUGGAGGAAUAGGGGAUAGGGUUCCUGGUGGGAUUGGCUACUCCAUUGAUGGGGUUUAUGAUCACCACAGGGGUAGGGUUUUGGCAGUCACUGGUCAUAGAAAUGGUACUCAUCAUCCUACGGAGAGAGGCUACAUAAAUGAUAGAAUAAAUUGUGAGAGAGGUCGCCGUGCAGACGAAUCUGUGCCUUUACGCAAUGGUAGUGAGCCCCUCGUUGCCUCUUUAUAUGUCCCGAGAAAUGACAAGCUUGUGAAGAUUGAUGGGAACUUGAUAAUUCAGUCUGUUCUGGCGAGCGAGAAGGCUAAAGAAUCUCCUGAGAUUAAGAAUAAGAAUGACAGGAGUACUGAUUUGGUAAUGUUGCGGAAUUUAGCAUCAGCCCUGGCCAUACCUGAGGCCCGGAGGAAAAGGGCUGCUCAUUCUUAUGUGUAUAGGAACCCUGCUGAUCGGAGAAGGGCUCUUGCUCCUGGCUCUGAUGAUCCCCUUAAGGACCAUAUAAAGAAGUCUGUUUCUGCCAAUGGUAAAGUGCAGCAGUGGUUCCGAGAAGGCCUUGCAGGGCCAAUGCUGAGUUCUGGGAUGUGCAGUGAGGUGUUCCGGUUCGAUGUUGCCCCGUCUUCAGCCCAUGGAGCCAUAAUCUCCGCGCCUUCAGUCAGCAAAAUCACUUCAGAAAAUCGUCAGAACUCUUCUUCUCAAGUCAACAAGGGUAGAAACAGAAGAAGCCUCCGCGGUGCAUCCUUCCGUCUCCCUGGGGCUCACUUUAAUGAGACCGGGGAACGCACAGGAAAGAACCCAGAGGGAGAGAACCUCCACCAAGGUAACAAAUCCCUUUCAUCUUCGAUGGUUGUCUCUGUGCUCAUGGAUCCAAGGGAAGCAGUCGACGCCGAGGUUGAUGGGGUGGUCCCGCCGCCCAAAUCCCUCUCCCGGAUCUUCGUUGUGGUGCUUCUGGAUAGCAUCAAGUACGUGACUUACUCGUGCGUGCUCCCGCGGUCCGGUGGACCCCAUCUAGUGACUACCUGAAGAGAGGGCAGAAAUCUCCGUCCAUGGAGGGCCAAGAGAGCGAGAGAGCGAGAACUGUCUGCUCCGCUAGAGCUCUCUCCCAGUUUUGUACAGAUAAUAUAACAACAGGAAGAAACAUUAGCAAGGCCACAGAAAUGGCGGGUUGGUCGCUGUGGCAAUAUCUAAAGGAUGUCCUAACUAUGUGUCCACCUUUAAUUAUGGACCUCCUCCUGGGGAUGUUCACCUGAAUAAUUUCAAUUAGGGGUCGGGGUUCAAUUAAUAAACAGUUUCUUGCAUUAUGUGCUGUGAACUGAUACAGAGGGAGGCUUUUUGAGUUAUUUGGGUGAGUUGAAGAGGUAACAAGCUGCUAUUUUGCUGCCCACAUAUAUGUCUCAGAACGCACCUGAAAGAUAUCGAGAGUGUUUUAUUCUUCCCGUUGGAACAUCA